UACACCUCUCUCUCUUCAUUUCUUUCUCCCUGAACUUCCAGCAUCUCAGCAAGUUCAAACUCUCCUGCGUGAGGGUGGCGGCGAUCGAGAGGUCACGUGAUGAGCAUCUUGCUGCCCAACAUGGCGGAAUUCGACACCAUCUCGGAACUGGAGGAGGAGGAAGAAGCAGCUACGUCCUCGUCCUCGUCGUCGCCGUCGUCGUCAUCGUCUGUAUCGGGGCUCGAGGAUGACGAGGGAGAUGAGGAGGAGGAAGAAGAGGAGGAAGAAGAGGAAGAGGAGAAGGAGCAAGAGGAGGAGACGCCGCCACCGCCUCGGGUAGUGAGCGAGGAGCACCUGCGGAGAUAUGCCCCCGACCCUGUACUGGUGCGGGGAGCCGGCCACAUCACCGUGUUUGGCUUGAGCAACAAGUUUGAUACUGAAUUUCCCUCCGUUCUAACAGGGAAGGUGGCCCCAGAAGAAUUUAAGACCAGCAUUGGCCGUGUGAAUGGGUGUUUGAAAAAGGCUCUCCCAGUCAAUGUGAAAUGGCUGCUGUGUGGUUGUCUCUGCUGUUGUUGUACUCUGGGUUGCAGCCUAUGGCCUGUUAUUUGUCUCAACAAAAGAACCAGAAGAUCAAUUCAGAAGUUAUUAGAAUGGGAAAAUAACAGAUUAUAUCACAAGCUUGCUUUACACUGGAAGUUGACUAAAAGGAAAUGUGAAACUAGCAAUAUGAUGGAGUAUGUAAUACUAAUAGAAUUCUUACCAAAAUAUCCCAUAUUCCGACCUGACUGAGGAAUUUUAUUCAGUCACUUCUGUGUUACCUGUCAUUUCCUACCCUUAGUGCCUUGUAGAUGAUUUUGGAAUGAAGAUGGUCUCCUUCUGUGUUCAAUUUAUUCUUUAUAAUGGUAGAAUAUUUUCCUCACUCUUUUGUGUUGGUUUAAGAAGAAAAUUUGCACAUCUUUUUUUGUUGUUGUUGUUAAAUGAGGCUUGUGUUUUGCACUCUCCAUUUUUAAAUAAAUACACACAUACAUGUGUAUAUGUAGUUGCCAUUAAAGAUAAAACAUUAGUGCUGGCAUUUUAAAAAAAAACCAAAAACUGUUCUAAGCAUGCUGCCUUAUAAUUUUCCUACUUGCUGUUUCUAAAUAGGCAUCAUUUUUCUAGGCUACUUUAAUGCUCUGUAAUCCCAUAUUAAACAUACAUAAAUAAGCUAUUGGUAGCUUUUAGCAAUGGUUUUACUCUUUCCUGCUUGUAAAGGACAUGCAAUUAAUAGCACUGGUUUUGUCCUGCACUUAGCUAAAUUAUCAUUUAUGUUAGUGGAUAAAAUAUUUAAACUCCUAACGACUUGUAAAUAUUGUCUCUUUGCAUAAUGUACAAUGUGGUAUGCCAUGGUUUACAGAAUUUAAUAUUGCUCUUACUGUAUUGCCAACAAUUCUGCAUAGAUUUUAAUAUGAUUGAAGUUUGUAAGCAUCCUUUGGAAUGUACAUACUGUUAACAUGCUAUUGUAUGGCAAAGCCACAAUAAGUAUGUUAAAAAUUUCAGCUGUAGAACAGGGUUGCCCUUUGUAAUGAGUUGAUUAAAAUUAAAAUAAUUUGAGAUAUUCUGCCUUGCACCUAAA